CACCCCAAACUGCCUAGUGAGCAGUCGCCAGAGAGCAAUUUCUUCUGCCUGAUGCCGAGCGAGCCUUGCUGCCUAACUGGCACUCUUGGACACACUUUCACGACCUUACUGCUGACCCAUGUCACCUUCAGGGAAACGUCUCUGCCUCUUGUCCCUCUUCAGAUCGUCUGCCUACUUGCUGCCACUGAGUUUUAUGUGUUCUCUCUGUAGUUAACUGACUGUACAUGUCUUCUGUGCAAAGCGUGGUUCACAAAUGUUUCCUCUCACCUGAUUGUCUUUCCAGCUUCUUGAGGACUGCGGCGGGAAUAUUUUAAUUUCUGAUAAGCUCAGUUCAUCAGGUUUUCCUUUUGUGGGACCUGCUUGGGGUGCUGCCUCUGACUUGCUUAGCUCACCCUAAAGACUGUCUCUCCCUACUUCCCAUAACUGAAGGAGCGAUCCCUCAUCUUUGAGUCAGCGUGGAAGAAGGAGAAGGACAUCGUUUCGAAAGAGAUAGAGAAGCUCCGUGUGUCCAUCCAGACCCUGUGUAAGAGUGCACUUCCCCUGGGAAAGAUCAUGGACUACAUCCAGGAAGACGUCGACGCCAUGCAGAACGAGCUGCAGCUGUGGCACAGCGAGAACAGGCAGCAUGCUGAGGCCCUGAGCAAGGAGCAGAGCAUCACAGACAGUGCGGUGGAGCCCCUGAAGGCCGAGCUAGCUGAGCUGGAGCAGCAGAUCAAAGACCAGCAGGACAAGAUCUGUGCUGUGAAGGCCAACAUCCUGAAGAACGAGGAGAAGAUCCAGAAAAUGGUGCAUAGCAUCAACCUGACGUCACGAAGGUGAACGGCCAACCCUGCAGAGAUGGAGCAGUCGUCCCCGUGAUGGGAGAAGAGGCGGGAAAGUGCCACUCUGAGCCCCAGUCUGCUGAGAAACUGGACUGCAGAUGGCUGGACCCAGCUGAGUUCAGCUUUCGGCUCAGGCGCUAAGCUUAUUAAAAGGCUGUUUUCUUACCUCCUUCCAGCUGCGGUGCUUGCGACUUCCGUCUUCAGCUCGCCUCGUGGGAGGGCUUCUUUCUUGGUUUUUUGGCAAAUAUGUUUUCUGCUGCAGCCUGUUUAAUCCUGUCCCUGAAUUUUUCUAGCGGUAAGUUGUGUCAUCUUCUGGGGAAACGGAGGAUCUUCAUUUCUGCUUCAGAGUCUCCCAGAAGGACUUCCUGCCAGCACCCAGUAAAGGGUGACUGUGUCCUUUUUAGCGGGUACUUCACAGAUAGAACGAGGCCUGGAAUGAUUAAAUUGCGCUUCCAUUUCAGCCUGUGACCUUUAAGGUACCUGUCACUGUGCAGGGUUGUUGUCCUCUUACAUUGCACAUGCUGCUGUCUGCAGUCCCCUCCUGGCCCUGCUGUCUGCAGUUCUAGCCCAUGAAGUGCAUGUGCUGACAAAGGAGAAUUCAGUCUGGCCAUUAUUAAAUCUGGCAUUGUCUGAUGGGAAACUGUCAUGGCUGCCCCUUUGGCUUUCUUCAGCCUCCAGAGUAUUCCCAAUGGACAAGCAAUGCCCUGGGCCUCCUUAAGACCGUGGAGCAUGAAGGGCAGGCAGCAUGAUCCUUUUCCUCUGUGUAGGUGUGUGCACUGAGAGGUGGCAGUGAGGAGAGACUAUAAAGAAGAGAGUGCACCAAGAAGUUAUAGUUUGUGUUGGGUUCCCCUUUUUAAAGAUCCUUUUUUUCAAAGCAUAGUGGAUUUUUUUUUAAUGGUUUAUAUUCAGUUUUUCACCUACAUAAAAUACUGUAAAUACUUACAAGGUCUUGAAUUAUUGUAUAAAGGAUCUCAGCGUUAGAAGAUGUUCUUACUGGCUUAAGGUCUGCGAUCAUCCUUAUGUUCCUGAGUAUUUAUUAUGUUCACUAAGGCAAGCCCUGGUAAGUGCAAAGACUACUGGAGCACUUUAGGAAUUGUGUUUCCUAGAGGCUUGCAGACACGGCACAGCUAGUGUUUCUAGUCAGUUGAAGGCAGCAGCCCAGUUCUCAACUGGGGGCCGUCGGGACCGGGUAGAGACUCCCUUCAGCUGGUAGUCCUUCUCCUGGCACCACACCACUCUACCAACCAGACGCUUCUGAAUAGUUUGAGGAGGAGAGAAGGAUUGUUCGUCUACCAGUCUUUUGUAUGUUCAUAAUCUCUUUUCUACUAAAUUGAAUGACUUAGCCAUAACUCUAAGUGGACCCUAUGUAGCCCAAGUUAAGAUAUAUAUAUAUAACCUUUUAUAAAUUUGUAUAUAUGAAUAGAAUUUUUAUGUUGCAAAAUUUACAUACAUUGUAUGUGAGUAAAUUUUAUAUGCUGUAGUCUAUCAGAUUGUAUCAUAAAGUUUUAUUUUUCUUUUAUACAUAAAUCAUUAAAAUAAUCA